UGGCAUUGGGAUUUGCGCUGAACGCGGCGAAAUCACUGAUUACUGAUUAGGUGUCUAUAUUUUAUUUAAUAAAUAUUUACAUAAACAAUGACGGAAAUCUGUAAUCUUGAAAUGAAUUAUUUUAAGCUACAGUCCAAGCGCAAGCGAUUGUGUCUCAGCUAUCACGCGUUUUUAAAUGUUAUGCCAACGCGAAAGAAUUCAGUAAAAUGUCUUUUUAAUUUAUGAAAUUAAUUUAAUCAUCAUUUAAAUUCUAUAUUUCUGUCGUACUGUGAACCCGUUCAUAAAAAAGAAUUUGUUAUAUUUUCAAAAUGGUUCAAGAAAAUGAAAGUGUAUCGGAAAGUAAUCCAAAUAUAAAUGAUUUAAGUGAAGUCACCAGCAAGCCUUAUAGAGUGACAAUGGAAUUUCCUCUCUUUUUUACAAUAUUGUCUGUAUCACUCUCUGGUGCAGCAAUAAGCAAUAUAUUAUUAUAUCGAACUUGUUUGCACUCAUGUAGCCAUAAUGAAACUGAGUGUCAAGUAUUUUUAUCCCCCGUAAAGAACAAUGGAUCUCAGGAAUUAGAGGAAGAAGUACAGAAGUAUGCAGCUUUUGUAUCAAUGGUUAGAACAAUAAUAGAGUCCCUAGCUCCAGCUCUAUUAUCUUUGUUCCUUGGAGUAUGGUCAGACACAUAUGGGAGAAAACCAUUAGUUGUUUGGCCUUUACUAGGUAUGUCGAUUAGUAGCGGAUUGACUGUCAUAUACAGUAUGAUGGACAAUCUCGGUCCGUGGUGGUUCAUAGCCACAGUUAUUCCUAUGUCACUAUCUGGCGGAUUCACAUCGUUAUUCACUGGUGCAUUUUGUUAUUUGAGCGAUGUCACAUCCAAAGAAAAUCGGUCACUUAGGAUGACAAUAGUCGAGGCAUCUGUUUCCGCAGGCAGUGUUAUAGGUUCCCUAGCAAGCUCGUACCUACUAAGAGCAGUGGGAAAUGUGUAUUUACUAUUGAUUACGGCCUUCCUCUGCGUAAUUGCCUAUGUAUUCACGAAUUGCUGUCUCGACGAAUCAUUGCCGGGUGCUCAAAAGGGUGGCAUUAAAUCUUUAUUGGACUUCAAGUUAAUAAAGGAAAUGAUAGCUGAAUGUUUUAAAGAGCGUCCAAAUUACACCAGAGCACAAAUAUUGUUGCUCACAGUUGCAAAUAGUUUGUCUAUCUUUAUAAUGUAUGGAGUUAUGAGCUUGGGCUAUUUGUACACGCGACAGAAAUUGCACUGGGCUAUAAAACAGUAUACAAUAUAUUCGGCGGCGCAUACGACUAUUACCUUCUUUGGAUCCUUCUUUGGUGUUGUUUUCAUACAAAAGAUAUUCAAAGUAUCGGACUUGACGUUUUCGAUGAUCGCCUUAAUAUCGACAGCAGCUGAAUAUAUUAUUAAAGCUUUUGCAUUCACGACGUGGCAUAUGUAUUUAGCUGCUGGAAUAUCAUUGUUCCGGGAUUUAUCAUCGCCACUUAUCCGUUCUAUGAUUACAAAGAUACUGCCAGCCCAGGAUAUAGCUAAGGUGUUUGCGUUGAUGUGCGCUAUAGAGGGAGUGGCACCGCUUAUAUCACCAGCUGUGUAUAAUUCGUUAUACGCAUAUACUAUAUCAACCUUCCCUGGAGCCUUUUAUUUAUUGUGCACAGCUAUUACUGGAAUCUGUGUGACAUUUUUGGGAAUCGUGCAAUACUUAAGGUGGAAGUCGACAACUAUAACGUAUCAAAACCUGACAAACGAGUAAUUUUAAUUUACUUAAAAUUACUUGACUUAAUUUAAAUUUUGAUUUGUUUUUAUAAAAUUUUAAUGCGAAAUCUGUAUGAUGAAAUCAAUUUUUGUUUUCUGUGUAUUAAACAUAGCUUUUUGUGAACGUGAAUUAAAAAAAACUAAUGUUUGGCCAACGCAUAUAUAUUUAAAUACGAUCUCAAUUUGUUUGUCAUAUUAGGUUCGCCUUUAACUGUAUUACAGUUAAUAUAGUUUUUAAGGUAUCAAUUAUUAUAGUUAGUUCACAUAAAUCGUGUUUAUAUUCGGUUGUAAAUUCAACACGAUUUAUAUAGCUUAGUACUGCCUAUUUACUGUACGUAAGAUAUUGCAGUAAAAAGUACCUCACAUUUAUGUCACAAAUCAAUAGAAAUGUAGGAUUUAAUUUUUGUUAUUCAUUUGACGUGACGAGCUAAAAUAGCGACUUUAAAUGCGUUAAUUAACAUUAAUUAAUGCGAUGUUAUUAGCACAAGGUCUGACUUAUAGCAAGGAAUUUGCGUAUUUUUCUACGAGAAAUUUGUUAAUGAAGACACAUUGGUCGGUCUAAAACUGCAUAGUGGCGUAUAAUCCCAACCUGAGCCCUUA